AUGAGUAAAUCAAAUCCAUUAGGACUAAUAGCCAAUUAUGGUGAUUCUGAUGAGGAAUUAGAAGAUGGGCCUUCUACACCUUCCAAACGUGAUAAUGUCAAAGGUAUGGAAUAUCCAGGCUAUGAAGUUGUUCCAAACCAACAACCUACAAAUAUACCUGCUGGUAUACAUCCAGCACCGAUACCUCAUUGUCCCUGGUCAGCCUGUUAUGACGAAAACAGUGGAUUCACAUACUAUUGGAAUCAGCAAACGAAUGCGGUGACAUGGGAAGCUCCACCUGAGUACCUACUUGCUCUUAAAUUGGCACAACAGCAGUUACAUACAUCAGGCUCUACAGAAGUAUCUGCCGAAGAAUGGCAGUUAUACCAACAAGCAUUAGCAGAGAAGCAGAACUCACAAAACAAAGUGAUAGCUAAAGUGAAAUCUAAAAAACCAGAUAAGAAUGUAAAAGACAAAAAUAAUAAAAAUAAAAAGAGGCCUGUCAGUGAUGACGAGGAAGAAAAAAUAGAGCUCAUCACUUCCUACCACAAUUCUGAUUCAGAAUCCAAUGAUGAAUCAGAGAAAAAACCCAAACCACCAUCACCAAAACCAAAUAAGCUACCAAAAAAUCCACAGAAAAAGCAAAAGACCAAGCCUCAAACGGAAUUUGGUCCACCUUUACCUCCACACCAGAACUAUUCAAUGCCUAUUGGUCCAGAGCUACCUCCAGAACUAAUAAAACCGAAAUCUCCUGAAAAGGUGGAAAAUAAUAAAGAAGAAGAUGCCAAAUCAGUUAAGUCCAUUGAUGAUGAUAGUCAAGAUGAAUCAAUCUUAUUAAAAAGAUUAAAAGACAAAGCGAAGCUAUUAGAGAAACUUGGCGGGGAAUUACCUUCAGAAUUACAAAGGAUUAUAAAGGACGAAUCUAAUGCUUCAUCACCAAAAGACAUGAAUGUCGAUAUUGAUGAUCUGUUAGAGGAAAUUGAAAAGAAAGAAUUUAAAGUGAAAACUAAAGCUAAAAUCGAUGAUAGAUCUAACACAAAUAGUAUCACCAGUUCACCAAAAGGUGAUAAAACUCCGCCUUUGGAUGAACUAAAAUCUUUGUAUCCAAUGAAUGGACCAAGCCUGUUCCCAAGCGCAGUUAAUAUAGACGAAAAUAAACUUGAUGUAAAACAAGAUGCUCCAAAUGAGAAAGAGAAAAAAGAGAAUGUCUAUUUAAUGGCCACAAAUGAACAUCUAGAGAACGUUAAUAGGAAAAAAUUAAGAAUAUCUAAUUCAGUUUUGCCAGAACGUAAAAAGGAAAAGAUAGAGUUGCCAGUUUACACAACGAAAUAUUCACAGUUUAUAGAAGGGUUUUCAAAUGAAAGAACUGGUUUAGGUUUUUCCAAAGACGAUGAAAGUGAAGCAAGUCCAAAGAACACGAUAAAUUAUGGAAACGGUUUGACUUUUACAAAAGGAGAGACGCUGAAUGAAGAGAAAAAAGAUGAAGAUUUAGACGAUUUAACAGAGCUAGUUGAAGCGAAAUUGAAGUUUUUGAAUCAAUUACAACCAUGUUCUUUGACGCCGCUUCAGGAGAUGUUGAUUCAAAUGCAGACGCUAGUAAGCGCUUUCCGCGCCGGCGCCCUGCACACGUCGUACUGGCGGCGGUGGGCGGCGCACGCGGCGGGCGCGCUGCUCGCGCACGAAGCCACCGCCGCGCCGCCCGGCUGGCACUGCGAGUUCAAUAGGUCCGAGGGCCGGUACUGCUACCGGCGCGAGUCGGACGGGCUCGUGCAGCACGAGUACCCGGCCGUUGCGGAUACGGAUAUGGAUAUAUGUACAACGCCGCCCCAUCCUGGCAUUGAUGCAAAGGAGGAAUCGAUCCCGCAGCCGGCGCCGAGCGCGUCGCCGCGCUGGUGGCGCAGUACGCCGCCGCCGCCUGGCACCGACGCCGACCCCGACCCGCCGCCGCCGCCGUCCAUUCAUGAGUCUAAGACCGAAAUAGGAGAUGAGCUUCUCUCUUUCUACAAUGACAUAGCCCAACUGGAGCAACACGCCCCCGCGACACCCCCAGCACCCCCCGAGACCCCCCGACCGCCACAGCCCGCCCACCGACCACCACACAUCACCCCGCGACCCCCACCACCCCCUAUGAUAAAAGAACCAAGUGCUGAGAGGGAUACUAAAGAUACAAGUAAAGCUACUAAAAAGAAAUCUAAGGUAAAACUGUCAUCUUCACUGGGAAUGAAGCACAAGUCAGUAUCGAGUUUGGUCGCUAAAUGGCAACAAGUUGCCGAAGAAAUUAAUUCCGAU